AUGUACAUCGACAGUGAGAGAAAGAUUGAUCAGAUUGAGUCCCGGCUAGGGACCAUCGAGAGCCUGCUCAAGAACAUCUCGUCCUCGGGCAGCAGCUCCGUCACCCAUCACGCGUCGACCCCAUCGUCGCACCCCACAGCGUCCUCUCAGGACAACUUCGAAGAAUCCUCCGACGAUGACUCCGUCGGUGGCGAUGCGGGCUUUGCCUCGCAGACAGCUUUUGCGACCGAGUUCAUUGAACAUGCCGUGCAGCGCACAUCCCUGCGUGAGGUGAACCCCAACGUCAACGCCGCCCUGAACAACCUUCGGCAGCUUGUCGAGGUGCAAAAGGGGAAGAGCAUCAGUCAUGGCCCGCGGUUCCCCCUCCAAAAGUCGCUUCCACCGGGAGGCGUCGUGAAGCUUCCCCUGCCGCCUCUUGAUGUGGUCGUCGGUCUUCUGAAAUCAGCAAAGCACUCGGCACCGUCUCUCUUCUCCUUGACCUGUAGCAUCGUCGGGAUACGCGACUUCUCGAACCUCUGUCGCAAUGUCUAUUUCCCCACGGACGACGUCAGCCCAGCAAUGUGGGCGAUUGUCAACUCGGGUCUGUACAACCUGUUCAUGGAGGAGUACUCGCUAGCCGACGAUGUGGCCAAGAGGGACAUGUACCACGAGUAUGGGCUCGUCGCGCAAGCAAACCAGGAGACGUUCCUGGCAAACCUGCCUUUGUUCCAGAGUGCCAAGGUUGAAAACGUGCAAGCGCUGGUGAUCGGGGCCCAAUACGCAAUUGACGUGUGUCGCCCCAGCGUAGCCUGGCACCUCAACUGCAUGGCUGCCCUGCUCUGCCAGGCCGGUGGGUUCCAUCGUGCCGAGGUGCUCGCCAACGACCCGCCCAAGGUCGCCCAGGUCAAGGCCAUUGUCUUUUGGCAAGUGUACACCUGGGACAAGGCUCUCUCGCUCCGGCUUGGGAGGGCGAGUGUCAUGAAGGACUAUGAUAUCAGCAUUCCGGAAGGGGCCAGCUAUGAGGGCUUCAAGCAUCUUGAAAAAAGUGAUGCCCCCCAACUGUGGCUCACAGUCUCCAAGUUCCAGGGCAAGACGUUUGAAGACUUAUAUUCGCCCGCUGCGCUCAAAGAAUCCAGAGAAGAGCUAUCCCAUCGUGCACAGUCGCUGGCAGUGGAUUGUCGUGGACUCUGGGAAGAAGUGCAAAAGUCACGCGACGAGACAAUCACAUAUCUCCGGGCCAUCAACACCUCGAAGCUCGUCGACAUCUUCAUCAUAGGCGACGAGAUCCAGUUCCUCUCCUUGCUCACCAUGGUGUAUCGCGCCAUCCCUGCCCCGCCGGGGUCGCCGAGUCGCUUCAACAAUGAGUGCCUCGAGACAGCGCGCAAGUGCAUCACGGCGCAUCAGACAGGCAUGGGAUUGCUGACGCACGGAGCUUAUGUGAAGAGCAUAUACGUACACUGGAACCUGAUGCUGACACCCUUUGCGCCCUUCUUCGUGCUCUUCUGCCACGUCAUCGAAUCAUUGUCGAGCCACGAUCUUGACCUUCUCCAGCAGUUCGUCGACUCAAUCAAUCGUCUUCGGGACGCCUCGGAGCAGGUCGAGAAGCUCUAUCGCGUCUUCCAGGUCUACCGCGACGUGGCCAUGGUCUACGUCGACGCCAAGUCGCAACAGCAGGAGGACCAGACCAUGGUCCCCAUUGGAGACGAGCUCGACAUGUACCUCUCGCAGCUGGGCUUCAUGCCAGGGCUAGACCAGAAUAUGGCGGCGUCCCACCCCUCCACGGGCACCCCCAUGAUGCAGACAUCUGUGAUGGGUGGACAGCAGACCCAAAUGGCGGAUUGGUUCUCCGGGAAUCGAAACAUGUUUGGCCUGAUGGAGGAGGAUCUGUCGCAGAUGAAUACGCUGGGCUACAUGCCGUCCGAACACAUGGCGCCUGGCGACCAGCAGAUGUAG